ACGCCGCGUGGCUCGCUGUUUACUUUCGUCUGUGAUCUUUGAAACACACGCAUCGUCGUCACUUAGCUCCGGAGCUCUCUAUCUUUGGUCAUCCUCCUAUCGGAAUCGGCAGCGCAGGGAAGAGGGCAGAUUAUGAAUAAUGAUACAUCAAAAAAGCUGGGAACUUUGGUUUCUGAUGAUGGACCAGUGAAUGUAUAUGUAUGGGACAUGGACGAGACUCUUAUCUUACUUAGAUCUCUGUUAAAUGGAACUUAUGCUGAGUCUUUUAAUGGCUCCAAAGAUGUUAAAAGAGGUGUAGAGAUUGGGAGGAUGUGGGAGAAACACAUACUUAAGAUCUGUGACGAUUUUUUCUUCUACGAGCAAGUUGAGGAAUGCAAUGAGCCAUUUCUUGAUUCAUUGAGACAGUAUGAUGAUGGAAAGGAUCUUUCUCGGUAUGAGUUCAAACAAGACGACUUUAGUACUCCUACUGAUGACUUGAACAAGAGGAAACUUGCGUACAGGCAUCGAGCUGUUGCGGAGAGAUACGAAAAGGGUUUGUGUCCAUUCAUUGACAGCGAAUCGAUGAGUGGGUUGGAUGAGUUGUAUAAUGUGACUGAUGAAUACACAGACCGGUGGCUUUCUUCGGCAAGGGCUUUCUUGGAGCAGUGUUCAUGUGUGGAAGAGUCUAGUGAUGGAACAAGUGCAAUCGAACAAAGCUCUCAGGAUAUACAUAUUCUAGUGACUUCCGGGGCCCUCAUACCGAGCCUCGUGAAAUGCCUGCUUUUCCGGCUAGAUACAUUCCUAAGACAUGAAAAUGUGUACAGUUCAAUAGAUGUGGGGAAGCUCCAAUGUUUCAAAUGGAUCAAGGAGCGUUUCAACCACCCAAAAUUCAGAUUCUGUGCGAUCGGGGACGGAUGGGAAGAGUGUGCAGCCGCACAAGCCUUGCAAUGGCCAUUCGUUAAGAUCGAUUUGCAACCGGAUAGCUCCCACAGAUUCCCUGGCUUAACACCUAAGACUGUAAGCUACUACUUUGCUGCUGUAUAUGGGAACUCUGAUGCUGAUUCCAGCAAAGAGUAACUCUCAAAAAGCUUUUUCUUUGUAAAAUAUGCAAGUAAACCCAACAAAAGCCAUGGCUUUUCAUAUUCAAACCCAACAUUGUUCAUAGACUUGAGUUAAGUCAGCAUUUGGUAUUUAUAACUAAGCAGUUCUCUUGGCUCGUUCAAAUGUGUAAUCAUCUCUUUCCUAUAACAUAACAUCAAUAUCAGACUUUUGAUGUUAGGUCUCUGAAAGAGUUAAAAUUUCAAAUAGUCUUCACUAUU